AUGGCACCCCUUUCCAAGUCCCUUGCACUUGCUGCCACUCUCUUUGCGGCUAUGAGCGCUGCUGCGCCCAAGCACGGCCAUGCCCACCAGCACAACCACAAGCGCGAUGAUACUGUUGUGUGGGAGACUGUGACCACUGUUGUUUGGACCACCGUUGACAUUACCACCACCAUUUACCCUGGCGAGACCGCUCCUCCCAGCACCAUCAUCGAGGAGAGCGUGACUACUGCUACUGCUCCUUCUCAGGUUGAGCCUGAGGUUGCAAGCACUACCACUAGCACCACCACCACCACCACUCAACCUACCACUACUAGCACUACUACUACUACUACUACCAGUACCACCACCACAUCCACAACUACUACUACUGCUGCUACUACUACUCAGACGGAGGCCCCUGAGGUGCUGGUGCCCACUGAGGUGGCUACUACCUUGUCUACUACUACUACAACUGUUGCCCCUCAGCCCACCACCACUACCACUACCACUACUACUGUUGCUACCUCUACUUCCACCACCACUUCUCAGGCUGAGUCUACUGGCACCACCAGCAGCAGCGGAUAUUCCGGUUCUUGCUCCGAGGGCAGCCCCUGCACAGGCCAGGUCACUUACUACGACACUGCCACCUCUGCUAGCGCUCCUAGCAGCUGCGGCACCACCAACGACGGUGAAACCGAAAACGUUCUUGCGCUCCCUGUCGGUAUCAUGACUGACAGCGACUGCGGAAAGACCGUUACCGUCAAAUACGGUGGCAUUACUGUCACUGGUACUGUCGUGGACAAGUGCAUGGGCUGCGACGACACUUCCAUUGAUCUGUCCCGUCACUUCUUUGGUGAGUUGGCUGCGUUUAGCCUGGGCCGACUUCAUGGUGUGGAAUGGUAUAUUAACUGA